AUGCCAGACUUCGCCUCCAAGCUCAAGAUCGCCCAGUACUGCAGUAUACCUUCGCUCUUAGCAUGCGCCUUCCUGCUAUUCUCCUUUGUCUUCCUGCCGCCAGAGAAGAGCCAGAGACAUUACCUCAGCAUCUCAUUCAUCAUACCACUCGGCACCGACCCAGACCUUUGCUAUGACCAAGUCACGCCGCACGAUAUGUACAGCGAUAUGUCUUGCGCUUGGACAGGGGCGCUGCUCCAAGUGGGAGGCAUGGGCGCCGUGGUAUGGGUCCUCCUCCGCACAGCCUGGCUCCACAUUCGCAUCUGCUGGGACCGCGAACCCGGCCUGAUGUUCGCGCUCUUCUCAAUGAUCAGCGGCAUCACCAUUCCGGCCGUCUUCCUCGCCUCCGUCCUCGCCUCGUCCGGCGUCUCGUACCGCACCGGCCAGGUCUGCUUCGCCAACCAUGACAAGUCUUUCGCGGCCUACUGGGCCUGGCUCAUCACAUUCGCCGGCCUGUCGCUGGUGUUGCAGCUGAUUACUGCCGUAUACUGCGUCUACAUUUUCGUGCGCAGUCAGCGGCGAGAGAAGGCUAGAAUGCGGGGUGGGAUUUCUAGCCAGACGCAUAGAACGGCGCAGGAAGGGGGCUCGCAGCUACGGAGCGGCUUCGAGCGUGUCAGGCACUCGUCUGUCGAGUGGCGCAAGAUUCGGAGGCUGUUCCUCUUGCAGUGGCGAGGCAUUGCUAUCAGUACUCUUGUCGUCAUUCAGACAGUCUACUUCGCAACGACCUUCAUCAACCAGGACAGCAAGCUCGACAUCGGCAGGACGAGCGCCCAGGACAUGCUGAACUUCCAGGCAUGGGGCACCUGCCUCGUCUUCGCUGGCGGGAACAAGAACGCCUGUCUGAGUUUGGCUGAGAAGAUUACCGGAGGACCCCACAUCGUCAUUUCAUCUGUAGUCUGGGCAGGCCUCUCCGGCGUAAUCUGCUUCUUCUUCCUCGCCCGCACCUCAAUGUUCACAGCCUGGCUCACCCUCCUCACGGAGCCGGCCCACCGCCUGCACACGCACCUAACCGAGCGCCGCGCCCCCAAAGACGAAGAACACAACCCCUUCUCCUACGCCUCGGACAAAGAAGCCGCGAAGCGCAUCUCAACCGCGCCCUCGCACUCCUCUCCCCACCGCUCCGCCAUCUCGCGCCACCGCUCGCGCUCCUCCGUCGUCAGCACCAAGACCACCUCCUCCGCCAAGAGCAACACCAGUGGCGGCUCUGCUUCCGGCGGUGGCGCGGGUGCCACGAACGGAAAGAGCCCCAAGCACUCCCCCUCGAACUCGCAGCACAAGACCUUGAGCAUCAUCUCGGAGUCCUCGCCCUCCUCGCCCUCCUCGCCCACCACUGCUGCCGCCUUGGCGGCCGCAGCGGCGGAUAAGUCUCUCCCGCCUACCCCCGGCACGCCCGCCACGCCGCGCAUGGCGGUGCCGAGCAAGUACCGCGUCCCGGCCAGGCUGAACCCGGUGCCGCGCAUCGUGGCCGUGGGCCCGAAUGCGCCGACGAGGGUGGGCCUGCCGAAGGAGGUUAUGGUUGGUGGAUCCAGGGGGUCUAGAGAGGUGGGCCUGCCGCCUGAGCGCAAGGCGAGCGUUAGGGCGAGCGAGGCGUUUCCGAGCACCGCGGCCAGGCUUGCGGCGGAGCAGGAGCUGGAGGGCAUGUUGGGGAUCGGCGGCGAGGGUGAGGGUGAGCGGGACGGAGGGGAAGGGGAGGCCGGAGAGAAGGAGGAGAAGGAUGGGGAGCAGCACCAGGAGAACGGUAUCCCCGCUCCUACAUCGCCGCCCAUGACAUCGCCGCCCAUGACACCGCCGCCCAUGACCCCUCCGCCGUCUUCGCCUCCGCCAUCUUCGCCCCCGCCGUCGUUGCCCCUGCCACUCGAGCCGCCUCAGCAAGACAUCAGGCACCCCUCCGUGCUGAUGCCCGCGACCGCGAAGGCGCAGCUGGCCGCAGCAGUGCGGGCGCAAGUAGUGCGAGAGCUAGCCGCGCCCGCCCGCUCCGGGUCUCCACUGUGGGGGCGGCCCGAGCACAGCGAGGCCCUCCACGACGAGGCCGAGAGCAGCAAGGCCGGGCAGCUGAAGGCUGAGCGAGAAGAGGCGCAGCAACAGGGCACGCUGAUGCCGGAUCCGCGCACGCUGCUGCGAAGCCGCGGCGGGUUGGGCAUGAACCCGGUCGUCGUUGAGCCGGCUGCGGAGGUCGGUGGGCAGCAGGCCGGGAAGGUGGAGGAGGAGGCGGAGAAGGCGAGGGAGAUCGAGGAGCAGGGUGAUGUGCAGCCGAGUGUGAGCGUGGCCCGGAAACCGGUCGGUGGUGCGGCGGUUGCGGCGCAGGUGGAGGCGAUAGAGAAGGCGGAGGAAAGGGGAAAGGUGGAGCAGAAUGAUGAGGAGGACGAUGAAAAGGAGCAGAAGGAAGAGAAGCGUGAGGGGAAGCAACAGGAAGUAGUUGCUGUUGGCGAGCCGAGUCCCAAGUCCAUGGCUCUCACUCCUCAACCCAAGGAAGAAGAGGCCUCGAAGGCUGCGCCGCAACCUCAGACGCAGACACUUUUGCGUACUCCAUCACAGCAUGGACCGAACUGGCCGCUGCAGAGCGGACCGAAGAUGGGAGAAGAGGAUGAGGAUAAGGACGGGACGUACUUCUAUGCGCUUUAG